UAUUUACUUUUAAAUAUUUUAUUACGAAGUAUUAAUAAACCUUAAAGUUUCUUACCAAAAUCUUUUGAAGUGUUAUUCAGUGUUCACUUCUCACUAAUAAUUACCAUAUCGGAAAUGCGAAACUGAAUUAAACUUACUAUUAAGUAAUAUGAUAUAAGAGUGAACCAUAAACUAUGUCUUACAGUAAAAGAUUCUCAAUCGACGAUGCUUUUGAAGAUGAACCAAUUGAUGAUAUAAAAGUGUACGUGUCUAGUCUAGGAAAUUCACCUUUACAAUCGCCUGGACCAACCAAAUUGAAUAAUUACGGUGGUAUAGAUAACGAAUCUAUUUCAAGAACAAAAAAAUUUGAAGAUACAUUGUCUCGAGACAGUGAUUCGUUGAUUUAUAAUUCAACAGUGAAUUCUAACCAAAAGAAUUGGUGUUGGCAUCAUCCUCAAGUGCGAGACAAUUGGCGUGUGGUACUAGCUGCGGUUGUUUUACUCAUCAUUGGAAUUGUAUUAUUAUCAGUGGCUAUAAUUGUGCAGUUGACUCCAAACACAGAUUAUCAUCCAAUAGUGUUUUUCAUUGCCGGCUUUAUAUGUUUCAUACCUGGAGCAUACCAUGUUGUAUAUAUAUAUUUAGCCGCUAGAGGACAUCCCGGUUACAGUUUUUAUAGUUUAUCUUUAUUCAACUAAAUAUUGUGAAUAUCUUGGUGAGAACUAAGUAACAUAUAGUAAAUAAUAUCUAUUUGUCUGUAAAAUAUUAUGAAGAUAAUGUUACAACUAGUGGCAUAAUUUAUUAUGCAUGCAUUCAAUCCCUGAAAUUUAUGCUGAUUUUAUAAAACAGGAAAAAUGUAUUUUAAGGACCUUUGAAUUUAAUCUGAUGUUAGGACAUGCCUUAUUUUUUUUUAAUUGUAAGGAAGUACUUUUCUUUAUGUUUUUCCACCACUUUAUAUAUAACUAAUUAUUGCUGUGGUUCUUAACCUUUUAUGUGUAUGACAAGUUUUUCAUUUCGUAUACUGAAGGAAUAUAACAAAAAAUAAAUAAUAUUCAUCAUUUUUAUUUAUAUCACAAUACAUUUUG